UCGCCGACAAACGUAUUUAUUUUAGGCCCCGCCAGCGCCCGGCUCAGUCGCUCAUUCCUCCUCCGACAGUGUGCCAGUGUUUGUGAAUUUUGAACUUUACCAGAAAAUAAAUAAGACACAAUGUCCGCGUCCCCUAUUGCGAGGCAAGCGACGCAUAGCCAGUCGAUCCCGACGAGGCGGGUGCUGAUCUCGGACCCGGCGCAGAUGCCUGAUGUUUAUUCCAGCACGCCUGGAGGCACCAUAUAUUCCACUACCCCUGGAGGCACCAAGAUAGUCUACGAAAGGUCUUUCAUGUUGUCUCUGCGGCAGUCUCCCAUCUCACAGACGCCGCCGAAAUGCUCGCUACCGGCUGCGAUGUUGAAAAACCCCGGCGCGGGCAACGUCUCAGUGUUGCCAACACAAAAAAAUGCCCGCUCCAAUUCCAUCUCGUUCGACGAGUCACAGGAAACGUUUAGCAUGGAUCUCUAGAAGCUUAUAUUAAGUUUCUAAACCUUUAAAAGCUAUGGCUUUUAAACUCGAUGUAAUUUUAUAUGAGGCGGAUGAUGCAAACGUCGAGAAGUUUUUUUUUCGAUCUUUGUAUAAUGUCGAAAUUUCUAUAAGAUUGUGUCGUGUAGAACAGCGACAAGAGACCUCAUAUUCUAAGCAAGUAAAAACACAAUCACUAAAUUCUUAGGCACAGCUGAGGAUAUUAUUUUUGCGCACAAAUGGAUAACACAACACGAAUAUAUGUAACCAGAAUUACAUAUUCAGUGAGUCUCGUUUUGCUAAGAAUAUGGAGUUAGGUAUAGAUAAGUAAUUAUUAGCAGUUUAUGCCUUUGCAGCAGGCUUUCAUUAUUAUCUUUGGCGAUUGCAAAUAUUGAACGAGCCUUUGUGAUUCCUGCAAAUAUUGCUUGCUGACAAAUUUUAAAGGUUUCAAUAUUAAUACAUUAGUUUUAAGAUUUUAAACAUACCUAGUUUUUUAAGCGUGACUGAACUGUUGGUAGUGCGUUCAAAACGCAAUCCAAUGCCAUUUUGAUUACAUUUUUUUAAUGGCAAAGGAGUUUUGUAAAUAGUAUCAGAUGGCGUAAGACGCAUACAUUAUUAGUAAUCGAUUAGUUUAUAGUAAAACAGCAAGUGCCAUUGAAUAGAAGUUAAUUAGUUUAUAAUUUACUUCUGAAGUGGUGUUGCGAACAUUUAGACUGCGUUCUCAAUAUACUUAUAAUGCGAUUUGUAUUUAUUAAUUCAACAAUGAUUUAUUUAAAAAUCUAUGUCUUGUGACUUUACUACUCGUAUUUUAGUAAAUUGAUAGGAUAGGAUUAAUAUUAUUAGUCGAUGAUUUUGAUACUUCAUCAGAGGUUAUCAAAACACGCGACCCCAAAUUAUUGCUCCCAGUUCACUAUAUGAUGUGACGACAGCAAAGUAUUGUUGAUUUUGCUAUCACUUGAAGAGCAAUGAAAAGGGUUACUUUGUUUGAAAAUACCAUACAAAGUGACCUUUUAAUUUGCUCGUGAGUUUAGAUUAGUUAAAGCUUGAAUAUGACAAAUCUUGUUAAUUGUUGUUCCAAAGCAUUUAAUAACAUAUAUUAUAAAUAUAAUAUUCUGUUGAUGAAUUCGGCUGAAAUUGAUUACUCGGCUUCUACUGAGAUAAUUUGAUAUUACAAUUUUCAUUGACUGCCAAUGUUUUAUAAUAAAGUUUAUACUUAUUAUGAG